UGUUGUGAUAAUCACGUCAGAAAAAAAUUAUUUUCAUUGAAAGUGUUGUGCAUUUUGUUUUUGUAUUACAGCUUUCACAAAAAUCGUAUUCGCUUAUACAUUGGGUUCUUUUCAAUAUUUUACAAUACAAUCAAAGGGAUCAUCUAGGAGAUUUUACGAUACACACCGUAGGACAUCCAGUAGCAUCAUAAAUAUAUUUGCCUGCAGAAAAUGAGAAAAUGUUUGACCGACCAAGGUGUCGUGAUUGGACCCCUUUAUCGACGCAGCAGUUACGUUUGCGCACAUUAAUCCAGAUUUCUGGACACAACAUAGUAUGUAGCUAUCCGAAAUGCUCUAUCUAUUUUACGCUACACACGACCACAAUGUCGGCACCGUUUUACACCAGCGAAAAAUUGGACAUACAUAGCAAUGUUCUAUGGCCGGAGAUUCAUUGUCCAAUGGUAAUUAAAUCCUCACUUCGAUGCGUUUGCGUGCGUGUUUGGCAGCAUAGGUUUACUGAACAAGUCGCAAACGCUAGUGUAGUAGCAGAAGGAAACGACACAAGUUCUAGUAACGAAGAGGACAAACAACUUUUCUUAUGGGGAGUCUACUUUUCCGGUCUGGUUCCACUGACGAGGAGAAGCGAAAAGCGCUUGAAAGAAAACACAUUGGUGUUUCAAUUACAUGGUGGUUUUUUUACGUCUGCUGAACAUAUCUUGGAUAGUGAGGAACAAGAACCAGUGGCAGCGAAAACACCAACUACAAAGUUAGGAUUUCUCGGAAAACCCGAUAUGCUCUGUGAUAAUAGAAAUAGUUCUCCGUCAACAAGCUGGUAUGCUUCGAACAAUUUGCUGAACGUAGAAGGUAAUAAAAAUAUGUCCAAAGCUGGAGCAGGAAGCUCAUCUCCGACCUCGUCUGGGCGAUGGACAAUGUUGUCUAGAUCACCAGAAAAAAAUACGCAUGCAUCUCCUGCUCGAACAGUCGUUAGUCCAACCUUAACAACAGAAGCUGAAAGCAACCUAAAAAUUCGAUAUAUUUUUAUGGAGUUUCUCAAAACCGAAAUUCGACCUAGCUACGAUACGAAAAGGUUACUCGCGGUACAGGAGCGGCAGCGACGCAUAAAGUAUGAGAGUGAGAGUGCGAAGGAAAUCACUGACCGCAUUUGCAUGAAGAGCGCCUACUGCCUUAACUUGGACUUGUUCACCGACAAGCAAUUAGUUUACCGGUCUUCCGUAUCGUCCCAACAGAAUCGAGGAGGUAUGGGCAAACAACUUAGUCGGUUGCUUUACCAGGAACGCGAACCAUUGAAACCUGAGGUACUGUUGAAAGCUCAAGAAUUGCGGAGGCAGAUCGAGCUGGCUCGAUUUCGCUCUAGAAUUCUGCUACAGGAAAAGGAUCGCAUCAAAGGUCGCAUUAGAAAACUCCAGCUGAAGCUAGGCACAAUGACCGAUAACAACAUCGAUCGUGAAUCGACAUUGAUGGCCAGCUAUCGGAACUAUGGAAAGGAAAAAGAAUGUCUAUACCAGCAGAAACUGGCAUAUGCAAACGAAAAGGAGACCUACAGGGAUCUGAAAACAAAAGUGCUGGGUGCGAGACAUCGUCUGCUACGGUCACUGAACGAGAUUUAUCGCAUAAAUAAGCAUAGUAAUGGUAUUUGUACAAUCAACGACGUUCCUCUACCGAAUGCUGAAUCGUAUACGGAUUCAACUCCUGCGCUAGCACUUAGUGUUGCACUAGGAUACGUGGCCCAUGCUGUGCUGAUGUGUUCAUCAACGCUAAAUAUUCCACUUAGAAACCCAAUCAAGUAUGAGGGAUCACGAUCAAAAAUGAUCGAUUGUGUCAAGGUGCUACCAACGGCAGAUCGAGAAUUUCCCCUCUACUGUCGUUCGGGGCCACCAACUAACGCACUCAUGUACGCGGUGUACUUACUCAACCAAAACAUUUCCCAGUUGAAGUACUGUCUAUACUUGAGCCGUGAUGAUCCUCGGGCAACAUUGAAUAACCUGAAUGACAUUCUCAAUGUACCGUCGAUCAAUGUAUUGAGCCGGGACAUCGAGGAACCUUUUCAGACUGUACGGACUUCCGUGUCCGGUUCAUCGUCAGUAGAGCUGGAUGUACCGAUCUCUUUCAAUCAGCUCGGCGUUACGAGCCUGAAGGAAAGCAAAUCAUCUUCCAGGAUAUCACGGUCCGUUGACAACUAUGGUGAUUCGGAUAAAAACGGAGAAAGCAAGAACGGCAAAUUUGCUUCGGACCCUAUUUUAACCCAAGGACAAUUGAAAGUGACUGGUUUUGAAAAAAUAAAAACUUUUGAAAAAAAAACAACAUCCAAUUGAGUUAUAGAAUGUAUAAUUAGUAGAGUUUUCAGAACGUAUUAACAAACAAUUUGUCGAAUAAUUCAAUUAGAGUCUUAUUAACUCAUGUAGAAGUAAUUGAUGCAACGGAGCGCUGAAAUAUAAAUAGCUAAAACAUCUACUACAAACAUA